CCUUCAGGUGAGGAAUUCUCAAAUAAAGGAGAAGAGGUGAACAGUUCUGACUCAGUCCAGCCAAAAAGACCUCCCUGGACCGUUACCUCGAUGCUGUAUGAAGGUGGAGUCAUUCUGGGUGGAGAGAGAGAGAGGGAGAGAGAGAGAGAGAAAUGAGGAGAGAGCGAGAGGAGCUGGGCACCCAAAGAGGACAGAUAUGCGUCCGGAUUGACCAACGUUCCUAUUUAAGUCUUGAAUCCUGUUUUUCGUCCUCAGUAAAAUCUGGAAAUGCUUUCCUGCACAUGUGGAGUUUAGCAGCUUUGAAACAGCAGUGGAAGAGACCUCAGUGGAAUACCAGCUUGAAAAACAGAGACUUGCUGAUAUUACAUCAUCAAAAAUCAUUCAGAAGGACAUAUAGGCAUUUUAUACCUGUGCUGAACAGUGUGGACUCUGCUGGGACACCUUCACCCUGGUCAGUGGAGGGCUUCCCUCCCUGCCUUCUUAGGCUAUCUUCGCCCCCAGCAGCAUGUCCCAGGCUCUGAGGCUGCCUCUAGUCUUCCUCACAGCACACUACCAUGAUCAGAUGGGCUGCUGGAGGGAGUAAGGCUGCCUCUGCCUCGUCCUGCUCCAGGGCUGGGUUAGGGGCUUGUUUAAGCUCUGGGGCAACCUUCAGAUUAAGGUCAUCAGCACUGCUUAUCUCCCCGACUUUUCCUGUACUAGUCACCCUGUUGGUUUUUUUAUUAUCCCUACAUGAGGCUGCCUGCCUUCAGCUCCACCGUGACACAGAGAGGCUUUCCAGCCCACGGACUCUCAGGGCUCCACUGAACAUUUCUGAAGCAGAGCUGAUCUCCAGACCCAGGGCCAAUAGGGGCCCUGUGGGUCGAACUGGAGGAGCACAGGGGAGGCAUGUGCGCAGCUACAAUCAUCUACUGGGAGACAUACGAAGGAGAAAGCUGUUCUCUUUCCAGAAGUUUUUCCUGAGGAUCGAUAAGAAUGGAAAAGUCAAUGGAACCAAAAUCAAGGACGACCCCUUCAGUAUUCUGGAAAUCACAUCAGUGGACGUGGGAGUGGUGGCCAUCAAAGGGCUAAACAGCAACUACUAUCUGGCUAUCAGCAGGAAGGGAGAACUGUACGGCGCGAGAGAGUUUGGUGUCGACUGCACCCUGAAGGAGCGGAUUGAGGAGAACGGCUACAACACGUAUGCAUCAGCCAAGUGGAAGCACGGGAAGCGGCAGAUGUUUGUGGGUCUGAAUGGCCAGGGGAAGCCGAUGAGAGGAAAGAAAACCCGAAGGAAGAACACAGCCACACAUUUUCUUCCAAUUGUAGUGUGAAUUGGUACACUCGACCAGAGAGGGACAAUAUGAAGCUCUGAAAAUGGGAGGUUUUCAACACUGAAAAAUGAGAAAUCUCUCAUUUGAGGCCUAACACUGUCAUGCAUACAAGUGGUCCCUGCUCCUGACUUUAAGUGAGACCAUGUAUUUCAUUUUCUGGGAGAUGGUGUUACCUGUGUUUUCACUGGCACAGAUGCAAUGCUUAUUCCUUUUUUCUUUUUUUUUUUUCUGUGCCAAACAGUUUGCAGCUGGACUAAAUGUGUGUGAUGUGGACACAACUGAAGCUACUGUUUAAGUAAAUAAACUGUAGUAGAUGCAGAAGUAUCUCAAGAUGUUAUUUAUAUCCAUAUUUCUCCUGUGAGACACAUAAAUGUAAGGUUCAGAAAAUGCAUAAUAACAUGUGGGAAACAAUCAGUGAGUCAGUUUAUCGUGGCAGCAUUAAAUAAUAAAAGAUAGAACGCAUUUAAAGCAAAUGUUCAAUACUUAACCACUGUGUUUUGCUUGAAUUGUAAUGAUUUAUUUAUUUUGUGAAAUAUUUAACUGGAGG